UGUGCCCUGCUUCAUGUCCAGUCUGUAACUUUAAUACGUCCUGUUCGGAAGCAAUCCGUUUAAGGUUGUAAUCGAAUCGUUCUUAAAGAAGUCGUGUUGAUGAAAAAAUGUGUUGUAAUUUUUCAUCUCUGCGGUUGAAUUUUCCUUGAGCCAUUAAACUACCUACCAUAAAUUAAACGCGUGUUACUGUGGCAAGGGCUAUAAAUGAUUAUAUUGUUUUUGUGAAACGUAUACGUUUGGCUUUGUGUAUUUUAUGUUUUUGAAUUUUAUUGUAGCUAAGAAAUUGGAGUGCAAAACCAUUUGUUGAGGUUUUCUUUUUGCUAAAUAAAAGAAAAGAAAAUCUUGUGUAAUUUGGUAUUUAAUAAGUUGGAAGUUUCGUAAUUUAAUAGAAAGUUAAAACUUAAAUGAGUACGACUUGCUGAUGCACCAAUUGGAUUACUUGACUUUAUAGGUAUCUAAUGUAAAGUGAUGUAUUAAACUUGAGAUGUUAUAAAAUCUUCAACGUGAUAUCAGAAAACAAACAUGAACUAAAACAAAAGAAAACUAUUGGAGCAUUCCGAAAAACUCUUCUAUUACGACCAUAAAAAUGAUCUUACUAUCAACAAACAAAAACAUUUAAGAACACAAACGAUAUUAUUCUAUAAUGUCAGAUUUGGAACGAAUAAGACUGGUUAUACUUGGCGGUGCUGGGGUAGGAAAGAGUAGCAUACUCAAACGUUUCCUAUUUAAAACGUAUACGGACAAAUAUCGAUCAACUGUAGAAGAUUUAUAUAAUAGAGAAUAUGAAGUAGGAGGCGUAACAUUGAAGGUGGACAUUUUGGACACUUCUGGAGAUAUGCAGUUUCCAGCUAUGCGGCGUUUAUCUAUAGCAACAGCAAAUGCGUUCUUGCUCGUUUAUGCGACUACAUCCACCCCAAGUUUUCUAUGCGUAAAACAAUGUUUUGAAGAGAUCCGCGAACAGAGAGCCGAUUUCCAAGACAUACCUAUUGUUAUAGCUGGUAAUAAAUCAGAUCUAUCAUUAUCUCAUCGAGAAGUGAGACUGGACGAAGUUACCGAUUGGGUGAAUUGUGAGCUUCCAAAAAUUAGAACAAAGGUGUUAGAGUGUUCAGCGAAAGAUGACUAUAACACAACAGAACUAUUCAAAAGCUUACUCUCCCUCUCGAGGUACCUGCCACUUGGUAAAAAUGAGGGUACAUCUGGUUUAAAGCGAAGAUCAUCAGCUUAUGUUAGUGCGUCCUCAAGUAGAAAUAAAAACCGUAACGCAAGCCCAUCCAUAACUAACGAUAAAAAAAGUAACCAGUCAUCAAUUGUUGAAUCUGAUGCCAGUGGAGAAUCAGCCUUCAAACCAAGGUCACGAUCACUUAUUCGAAGAGCGUCCAGAAAAACAAAGCAACAAAUAAACAAUGCUGCUGGGGAUGACUGCAAUGUUCAAUAACUUUUACAUACGUUAUAAAAUUAAACCAAAACAUAUUGUUAUUAUUAAUAGUUAUACUCUUCUGAACUAAUAAGUUAAACAAACAAAAUAAGAUUACAUAAUAAAUAAGAACCUUGUAUUUUUG